UAGAUAUCGUAUGUGACAGAUAUUGUGUCAUUGGACCUUCGUCCACUAACAGACCUGGGAACAAGAUCACAAAAAGGUCAAAGGUAACGUUCUUCGUGGCGCCAUUUUUGGAGACCGGUAAAAAAACUCCCAGCUGUCAGCAAAAGUAUCAUGGGGAAGAAGACCCAAACACAGACUUCUCCAGUCACCUCUGCAGCUGGUACCUCCCCACCCACUAUGCCUGGCGCUGGUCGUAACGGUCCAGACAUGGCCAAUUUGUCUCGGAGUGGACGUGAGAAGCGGCAUCCUUCCCCACGUGGGAGAGAACACCAGAGGAGACAGGAGAGAAACAACGUAACCCAACAAGAACAAAGCACACCCAGGAGAAGAAAAGCAUCAUCAAGUGUAGUUAAGGAAGAGAGGAGGGGAUUGGCUGAGAUGGACACUUCCAAUGGUACAGGGUCUGACAGUGCAGCUGGGAGAGCACAGAGGAAAAGGAGGGAGGCAGGAUCUGGAGAACAUGGUCAAGGGGACAAAGGUGAGAACAAUGGUGCAGUUGAAAAACGGCAUCCUCACAAGACUGGACAGAAAAGCCCAAAGAAGGAAGUAAAAACUGUGCACCAACCAACACCAACAUCUCCAGGUGCCCAAGGUCAUCACAAGGGCAAGAAGAGGAAAGCCCCACUUCGCAACGAAGCUAGGCAAAGUGUAAAUGAUAGCUCUGGACCAAAACCAUCACCAAAGAAAAGACGUCACAGCAGAGAAUCAGUACCUGCUUCUGCCGAGGGGCAUGCAUUGACAGAGGGUGCAAGUAGUUCGUCUAAGAAACCGGACUCAGGUGCUACAGCACAGGACUCUGAAGCUACCACAAGGAGUAAAUUAAAAGAAAAGAAAAAAGGAACAAAAAGACAACAGGAAUCUUCUCUUGAAACAGGCACUCAUACGGGUAACAGAAGAGCAGACAAGGUGACAGAUGAGGAUAGUGGUGCAGCAGGGAGUAGCUCAAGUGCCAAAGGACAGAAGAGGAAAAAGAAGAGGAAGAAGGAAUCAGAACCAAAACUGAAGACAGAGGGGGCUGGGGCCUCAAGGACAGAAACUGCAGAGGCUGAGGCUGAGAAGUGUGCCAUCUGUCUGGAGGAGCUGACAGACCAGCGUGUGGGGACUCCUGCCUGCUGUCGGCACUCCUACUGUCUGGACUGUAUACAGACAUGGGCACAGAGGAAAAAUAAAUGCCCGGUUGACAACAAAACGUUCCAUGAGAUUGUUGCCCGAGAGAAACUGGGAGGUGCCGUCACCAACAGGAUAGCAGUUCCUGACAGGAACGAGGUCCAUGCUGAAGACGAGGAUGACCUGUUCACCAUCAACAUCGACGGGGAGGAGGUGAACAUCCUGGAACAGCUGAACGGGUACUUCCUGAGGAACCAGCAGGGGUGGGAUGAUGAUGAUGAUGAUGAUGGCUGGGUGACAUUUGAUGAAGAUAGUGAUGACAGUGACAAUGAUGAGGAUGAAUAUGACAGCGAUGAGGAUUCCUACACAGAUGGGGAUGACAGCAGUGAGGAGGAGGAUGACACCAGUGACCCUGAAGCUGGCAGCUUGAAUGGAUCUGAGGGUGACUGGGAGACCUUUUAUGCUGACCAGUCUGACUACUAUGAUGACAGCGAUGACGGUAGUGAUGGUGGAGGUAGUCCUGAUGAGGCUGAUAGUGGCAGUGAUGACUACAGUGAUAGUCAUGACGACAGUGGUGAGGAUGGUAAUGAGGAUGACAACUUCUAUAGUGGUCAUAAUGAUGAUUAUGGACCAGAGGCCGACAGCAGCGAUGGUAGUUCUCACACUGACCAGGAUGGCUCUGAGGAAGGUUCAGGUUAUGAUGACCAAAGUGGAUAUGAUGAAAACGGGGAUAAUUACGAUGAUGGCUACAACAAUGAAUACGGUAAUGACGGUUAUGAUGGCUAUGGUUAUGAUGGAUACAAUGAAGAUACCUAUGAUGAUGGUUAUGACAAUGGGUAUGGUGAUGAUUACAAUGAUAGCAAUGACCAGAGUUCUGAUGCAGACAGUGAUACCGGUAGCGACUGGUGAUGCCGAUGUUGACAUCCUGCCAACUGACAACAUUUUCCUCUGAUUUCCUGAAUAGAUGGGAAACUAUACAACCAUUGAUCUCCAGCUACUGUUGGUUGUUUUUCUUCAUCUUUUCUGGAACAGUCAUUGUAAAAAGCUUCAUGAGUGCAUCAUAGAAUUUUGUUGGCAAAAUUGAAUGGUUGCAAAGUACAGUGUAUCUCACAUUUUCUGUGUACAUGAGCUUGGUGAUUCAGUCGAGGUUAUGAAAGUAAAACUAGAAGAUUGUUUGUUUCUAAACUCAGAAGAUAUAGAAAUGUAUAUUGCUUUAAGUUUAUGAGCAUGUUACCAACGUUAGUGCUAUUACAACUAUGUUCCAUAAAACUUGUCCAUCUGUCAGCAUUCUUUCAUGCAAUGGAUUGAAAUGUUCUAUGAUUGAUUCAUAUCUUUGUCUGGUCAGCUAUUUGCUCUCAUGUUUACAAAGUGACAGGAAAGAAAAUGUCAUACCAUUACAAUGACUUCUCAAUAUAAGUUGCACUCUUAUUACAACAAAAGUUAAACUUUUAUGCAAAAACAAAAUAAAGUUGUUAAAGUUGCAAAAUUGCUCUUGAUGAUUGACCUUGAAUCUUUUUCAUAUUACCCUGACAGGAUAAUGGUUUUCAUUGUAACAACAUGUACUUGUAUAUUAUAUUGUCACCACACAGGUGCUUACAGUAUGUUGUACAGUACAGGCACUUAGGCCUUGGGGUUACAGUUUUAUACUUGUGUGUGAUCAAACCAGUCAUCUUCUCCCACCUGUUUAUAUCCCAAGUAUUAAAAUGUAACAUGUAGAAAUACCUGCUGUUAGCUUUGGAACAAACACUAAUAUCAAAAAGUAACAAGACACAAUCACCGAACAUCAGAUCAUACUUUUUAAUGCAACAAAACUGGAUAAUUGUACAUAUUGUAAUCCCGUGAACAGUUUCGUGUAGCAUUGAUAACAUUGCGAUAGUUUUACUGUAUAAGUCGGCGCAGUUCAGUUUUUACUGCAAAGCAGAUGUUUUUAUCAAUAAUAAACCAAUUACUACAUAAA